GGCCAGGCCCAGCAGCGCCGAGCGGCGGCGGCGCGGCCCGAACUAUGCCAAGAAAAAGAAAGCUGUUGGCUCAAUUAAGCGCCCUCCAAAGCAACUCCAGCAUCCCUCCUGAUGCCUUGAAGAACACGACCACCACUCCUGAUGGGAACUCUUCUCCAAAAAGCAGCAAAUAUUUUGCAACAGAGAAAAAACAGUCUUCCCAACUUGAAGCAGAUUUCUUCAACCAGCCCUGCAUCAGCCUGGCCAAAUCCUUCCUGGGACAGAUUCUGGUUCGCAAACUUCCCGACGGCAGGGAACUCUGGGGGAGGAUUGUUGAAACAGAAGCCUAUCUGGGUGGGGAAGAUGAAGCCUCCCACUCAAAAGGUGGGAAGCAAACUCAACGGAACGCAGCCAUGUUCAUGAAACCAGGAACUCUGUACGUGUAUCAGAUCUAUGGGAUUUAUUUCUGCGUGAACGUUUCCAGCCAAGGGGAAGGGGCUGCAGUCUUACUCCGCUCUCUGGAGCCUCUGCAGGGUUUAGAUGUGAUGAGGGAGAUGCGCAGCGCUUCAAGGAAAGGACCCGCAAAGCCACUGAAGGACUGGCAGCUGUGUAAUGGGCCCUCCAAGCUCUGCCAAGCAUUUGGGAUUGAUAAGGCUUUUGACCAAAGGGACCUGACUCGAGAUGCGGCCAUCUGGAUGGUACCUGGACAGGAGCUGCCAGGGGAGCAGGACGUGGUAGCCACGACCAGGAUUGGUAUUGGGAACAGAGGAGAAUGGUCACAGAAACCUCUCAGGUUUUAUUUACGGGGAAACAAAUUUGUGAGUGUUGUAGACAAGAAAAUGGAGCGAGAGAUGGCAGCAAUGGAACCCAUCUCUUGCAGCUGAUGAGUCCUGCAAGUGUGCCACCAACCAGGACUUGAGGAGGUCUCUCUUUAGGAGAGCCUCAAGCCGUGUUGGGGCAGCAGGAAGGGCAGCUUGGAGGUUUUUAACAAUAAACAUAUUUCAUUGCA